AACUACGCAACGACCGUUGAAUUGAUUUGAUUAUCUCAAUUAUAUCAUUGGAAUGUCGAGUGAAUCAAAGCCCGACCCCCCCGCCAGCAAUGUACCCGACUGGGUGCAGCCCGAACUGUUUGUAGAUGUGCUAAAAGAAACAGUCGAAGGCUUCUCCAAAAUCAAGAACUUCAAGGCCAACAGCGGCUCAGCAGCAGGUGAAAACUAUGCGACGAUCAUGUUGCGUGUCAACAUAGAUGUCGAGCUGGAGGAUGGUAAAGAGAAGUCAAUAUCGUUUAUGCUGAAGCUGCCACUUCAAUCAGAUAUGUACAAGCAGAUGUUGGAGGCAAACAACAUUUUUGAAACAGAGUUCAUCAUGUACAAGACGAUUGUGCCUGAAUUGGAACAAAUCUAUCGGGAUGUUGGUGUGGAAGUGAAGUUUGGUGCCAAGGCUUACGAGCUGAAGGGCGCCAAGUCCGAUUAUAUUCUGCUCGAAGAUCUGGCACCUAAGGGCUUCAAGAACACCAAUCGCACCGAGGGUUUGGAUCAAGCACACACAGAAUGCGCCCUCAAAAGACUCUCGAUGUGGCAUGCCGCAUCCAUGGUGCGUGUGGCCACCAAGGGUGACUAUCCAGAUAACGUAACAUGUGGCUUCUACAAGGAGGAACUGCGUCCAACUAUGGAUGCGAUGAAUAAAAGCCUUUCGCAAAGCUUUCUGAAGGCUUGCAAGCAAUACGAGGGAAACGAGGAGUACAUAGACCAAAUAAUAGAGUUGCUGCCCAAAGUAACGGAUGAAAUAUUCAAAGUGGUUAAAGUCGAUUCGCAGCAUUUGAAUGUGCUCAACCAUGGAGACUUCUGGAGUAACAAUAUGAUGUUCUCGCACGAUUCCUUUGGCAAGAUUAAGGACAUAUGUUUGGUGGAUUUCCAAUUACCUAAAUGGGGCUGCGUUGCGCAAGAUCUUUAUUAUUUCCUUAUAUCCUCGACCAAGUUAGAGGAUAAGCUCACAAAAUUCGAUCACUACAUUAAGUUCUAUCACGAUAAUCUACUGGAAAAUCUGAAGACACUGAAGUAUUCCAAGAAUGUGCCCACAUUGCGUGACUUGCAUAUAACACUCUUUAAGUACGGCUUCUGGGGAUACCUGACCGCCACAGGUGUGAUGACCGCUGUUUUGGUCGACCCCACGGAUGCGGCUAACCUGGACAACUUUCUCAGUGACAGCACAGAGGGCGCAGACUUCAAGACUCUGCUAUAUAACAAUGCUCGCUACCGCAAACAUAUCCAGGAAAUUCUACCUUGGUUGCACAAUCGUGGCGCACUACAAGGAUUUUAAAAAGUCUCUUAUCACA